AUGGAGUACGAUUCUGUUUCAAAAAUAUAAGAAGAAUUAGGAUAUUAUAAAAAAUAUUGUUAAUAAUUAGAGAAUUAAAAUGCUGCUUUAAAUUAAUAACUAUUCAAUAACAUUUAAGGAAAAGUUUUAACAGUUCAAGAUGGGAAUACGAAUAAUUAAAAAUUGUCAGAAAAUAAUCCAAAUAUUCAUAAAGAAUGUGAAUAAAGAUUAAAAUUAAUGGAAAGAUAAUUAAAGCAAAAGUUAAUGGAGGAAUAAUUAUGGCUUAAAAGAUUUGAAACUUAAUUAAAUCAAAUCGUUGAGUUAAAAGUAUGAGAAAAUAUUAAUAAAAAGGCAAUUCAUGCAUAAUAUAUUCAAGAGAGUGAACAAGAAGAUCUGAAAAAAACAAAAGAAAUAGAAAUAUUGAAAGAGGAAAUAGAACAUUAUAAAAAACAAAUAGAAAUUUAUAAAGAANAAUAAAGCAAGCUUCUUCAUUUCUUCAUAAUGUGCUAAUUUAAGAAAUUUUAAUUUCUUGUAAAUUGUUAUUUCGAUUUAAAACAAUUUUUAAUAUAAUUUCUUAUCUUUCAAUUAUCCUGA